AUGGUCGCACAAGUACAAAAGCCAGCUCCAUCAUUUAAAAAAACUGCCGUUGUUGACGGUGUUUUCGAAGAUGUUUCUUUGGAACAAUACAAGGGUAAGUGGGUUCUUUUAGCCUUCUUCCCAUUGGCUUUCACAUUCGUUUGUCCUACUGAAAUCAUUGCUUACUCUGAAGCCGUCAAGAAGUUUGCUGAAAAGGACACUGAAGUUUUGUUUGCCUCCACCGACUCCGAAUACUCGUUAUUGGCCUGGACCAAUGUCGCCAGAAAGGACGGUGGUUUAGGACCAAUUAACCUUCCAUUGAUUGCCGACACCAACCACUCUUUAGCCAAGGACUAUGGUGUUUUAUUAGAAGAUGAUGGUGUUGCAUUAAGAGGUAUUUUCUUGAUUGACCCAAAGGGUGUCUUGAGACAAAUUACCGUCAACGACUUACCAGUUGGUAGAUCGGUUGAAGAAUCCUUAAGAUUGGUUGAAGCAUUCCAAUUCACCGAAAAGCACGGUGAAGUUUGCCCAGCCAACUGGCAACCAGGUUCCGAAACCAUCAAGCCAGAAGUUUCCUCUUCCAAGGAAUACUUCGGUAAGGUCAACAAAUAG